UCUUUAUUCAAACCGCACACGAUUUCCACCUCGUCUCCCCCCUUUCCGACCGUUGCGAAAUCUCCCUCGAGAAGAACUCAAAUUCGCCCCCCAUCGCAUCCCGCUCCCCACUCCCCCCCUCAUCCUCUUCGUCUCCCAGAGCUCGAGAAUCUGAGAAGCCCAGCGCAAGCGGCGGACCAGCAGGGCAUCCCGCGAUGGUGUCGAGGACGCCCACGAAGGCGCCGGCGGCCAGGCCCGGCACCGGCACCGGCAGCCCCGCGAAGCCGUCGCCGUCGCCGACCCCGGCGGCGAGGCGCCGCCAGGCCCUUCGCGGGGGCCGCCGCCCGUCCUCCACGAAGCGGAGGGCGUCCCCGCUCAAGUCCCUCGCGGCCGCCCCCGCCGCCGUGGCCUCCUCCUUCGGCCGCUCCGUGCGCUUCUGCCGCCGCCGCCUCAUCAAGGUCUUCGCCCGCCUCGCCGUCCUCGGCUCCCCGUCCAAGCGCAGGGCCGGGGCCACGGGGUUCCAGCGCCUCCGCUCCUCCUCGCCCCCGCCCACGCCGCACUUCUCGCCCCGCGCUCAGCGGCCCGGCAGGGUCCACGCCGCCGCGCUCCCGCCGCCGUCGGAUCCGGAAAAGAAGACCCUUUUUCUGGACCUCGACGAGACGCUCAUCCACUCCCAGACCGACCCGGCGCCGGCGCGCUACGACUUCACCGUGCGGCCGGUCAUCUGCGGCAAGGCGGUCACCUUCUACGUCUGCAAGCGCCCGGGCGUCGACGACUUUCUCCGCGCGGCGGCGGAGGCCUUCGAGGUCGUCAUCUUCACCGCGGGGCUGGAGCAGUACGCCUCGCUCGUGCUCGACCGCCUCGACCCCACGGGCGCGCUGAUCGCGCACCGCCUGUACCGCAGCGCCUGCCGAGACGACGGCGACGGCAGGCUCGUCAAGGACCUGUCGGCCACUGGCCGGGCUCCGGACUGCGCCAUCAUCGUCGACGACAACCCAAACGCCUACUCCCUGCAGCCAGAGAACGCCCUCCCGGUGGCGCCCUUCAUCGACGAUGCCAAUGACCAGGAGCUGGAGAAGGUCAUGCGAUUCUUGGACGCCGCCGCAGGGUUCGACGAUACCAGGGAGGCCAUCAGGUACUACAAGGAUCUCGUCACAGAGAAGUGAGCCGAGCGCCCGUGGCGCCGGCGAGGAGAUGGUGGUUGAAAAUUUCCCCUUCUUGGGUCUUCCUGAAUAUUGGUGAACUGGUUAGCAGAUGGUGGUGAGCAUUGAUCUUUCAGAAUCUUCCUGAAUGCAGUUUGUUAAAUAUUUCUAUGUGGUUCAAUGAAACUGAAACUGGAAUGUGCAUUGAAGAUGAAAUUGUGCAAUA